UGGUGAGCGUACUAAGGGAGCGUCGCCCAAAUGCAGCCUUUACUCGGAGUCAUAACCGGCGCUAGAGAAGUCGGGGAGAGUUGUAGAAAAAUAGAUGACAGAUUUUUCUCAGCAAGACCUACGCUCACGUUAUUUGUAAGAUUCGGUAGUGUUUCCAAAGCUUGACGGUUCUCUCGGGGAGAAACGGAGGUAGUCAGAGUAGAGGAAUAGGUCUCCGCUCCCUCAAACACUGACAGUUCUUUCGAGCUGCUUCGAGGCCCCGCCCCUCCCUAACCAAGACGCUGCCGCUGAUUGGUUAGGAGACACAGAUCGGCGGAAGCAGCUGGCGCUGGGCUGUGGAGGUGGACGCAGGCGCAAAGUGAGAGUGGGGAAGAUGGCGGCGGUGGUGGAGGUGGAGGUUGGAGGCGCCGCCGGCGAGCGGGAGCUAGAGGAGGUUGAUCUUUCAGACCUGUCCCCUGAGGAACGAUGGAGAAUCGAGCACGCACGGAUGCAUGCCAAGCACCGUGGCCACGAAGCCAUGCAUGCAGAGAUGGUCCUCAUCCUCAUCGCAACCCUGGUGGUGGCACAGCUACUAUUGGUGCAAUGGAAGCAGAGGCAUCCCCGGUCCUAUAAUAUGGUGACCCUCUUUCAGAUGUGGGUUGUCCCCCUCUAUUUCACAGUGAAGCUACAUUGGUGGAGGUUCCUGGUGAUUUGGGUCCUGUUCUCUACUGUUACCGCCUUUGUUACUUUCCGAGCCACUCGAAAACCACUGGUGCAGACAACUCCGAGGCUGGUUUACAAGUGGUUCUUGCUAAUAUACAAAAUCAGUUAUGCCACUGGAAUCGUUGGCUACAUGGCUGUGAUGUUCACCCUCUUUGGUCUUAACUUGUUAUUCAGAAUCAAACCAGAAGAUGCAAUGGAUUUUGGCAUUUCCCUCCUGUUUUAUGGCCUUUACUAUGGAGUCCUUGAGCGGGACUUUGCAGAAAUGUGUGCAGACUACAUGGCUUCCACAAUAGGAUUCUACAGUGCAUCAGGGAUGCCUACCAAGCACCUCUCAGACAGCGUUUGUGCAGUGUGUGGGCAGCAGAUCUUUGUGGAUGUGAAUGAAGAGGGCAUCAUUGAGAAUACAUACAGACUAUCCUGCAACCAUGUAUUUCAUGAGUUCUGCAUCCGUGGAUGGUGUAUCGUGGGAAAGAAGCAGACAUGUCCCUACUGCAAAGAGAAGGUGGAUCUCAAACGGAUGUUCAGUAACCCAUGGGAGCGGCCUCAUGUCAUGUAUGGACAACUGCUCGACUGGCUUCGAUACCUUGUGGCCUGGCAGCCAGUCAUUAUUGGACUGGUACAGGGAAUCAACUACACCUUGGGCCUGGAGUAACCAUGGAGCAGAAGGGAAGCAGGGGCAGAGGGGUCUGUGGCAGGUAGCCCAUCAGCCUGAGGCCCCUGGGCCGAACCAGCUCCUUCCCUCAACACAGCUGGCAAAGACCUCAUCAUCCUCUACAACCACUUCCAAACACUCCCUCCUCAGCUCCAAGGGAAGACUCUUGUUUCGGGGGGUGUGGCAGUGAACCAGCCCAUGGGGGCUCCCGGACAGGGAGGUUCUUUUUAAAAGAAAAUUAUUUUAAUGACUAUAUUUAAAAACCUUUUUUAUUACAAGAAUGUGAGGCAGUGACAACCAUCUUCCCUCCCUUCCUCCCAUUUCCUAGUUCUCUUAUCUUCCUCAUCCCUGUCUGCUGGCUUGAGAGCCCAAAACUGAAAUGGAAAGUUAUAUGGCAGCCUGGGAUGCAAGCAGAAUCCUGAAAAAAACCAUCAUUCCAUUUCCCCCUUGAAGCUCUGUGUUAUCUCAAAAGAGGUCUCCCCAACUCUGGAAAGAGCCCUAGCCUUGCAUGAUAUGCAGAGAUGGAGAGUUUCCCUAAAAGUCUCCAUGACUGGAAAUCUGGGCCUACACGAGGCACCGCACCCCAAUCCCCUUCUGUGGCUAAGCAGUAUUGUCAGGAUUGCUGGGUAUUAGCAUUCCAAAGAGCCAGGCAGAAAAUGAGGAAUCUCUGCUUCAUGCUUCUCUGCAGAGAUGAAAGAACCUCAAGCAGUCAGAGCCCAGGAGGGAGGACUGGUCUGCACAGUUGCCUUUAGCAGCACUCCCUUUAGUACACUUAGCUAGAGGAUCUCCUCCUGGGGUGUCUGUAUCCCCAGAGGUGACAGCUGCACCCAGAGCCACUUGUGCAGCUGGGGAGUGAUGGCUCUAAGCAGGUGCUCAGCUGGUCAAUGACAUCUCCUUGGGUGCCUUCCUCUCUGGCCUUCUGCAGCCUCCGGCAAGUUGGGUGGGACUGUCUUCCAGGGUAAAGGAUCACUGCUUUGGAGGUAGUUUUCCAAAGCCAUGAACCAACCUAUUCCCUUGGAUUCUUCCCUGUCCCACCAGACAUACCAUAGGUACGCAGCCACAUCCAUUCUACCUCCUCAUCCCUUCCUGAUGUUUUCAAAUUUGGAAACCCAAGAUUCUUGUAGUGGUUGGGAGGUCUCAGAGUUGAAAACAGUUGCAUUCAGUGGCCAUCAGGCCUAGAAUGCAUCACGGAGAGAGCUGGGCCUGCCCCCUCAGGAAGAACUAUCAGGGCUUGAUCAUGUGAAGUGACCCCUUCAUCUGGGAGUUCCUCACUAUGGCCUGGGUGUUGUCUUGGGUGGAGGGCAGAAUGUUUUUAUCAUCUAGCGAUGGAAGCACCCUAAAGGAGCUGUCAAUGUCCCAGAAUGGCUGUGUAAGAACCAGAGAAGCCAGGGCUUCAGGGAACUGGCAAGAAAUGCCCCUUUGGGCCUUGGACAUCUGUUUGGGUCAGGGCAGGAGAGCUUGAAAACGUGUGAUGAGGCAAGAUUUUUAAGUGAAAUUGGAAGUAGUGAAUGAUGUGCCAAAAGAGAGGAGGAAAUGGGGAUCUUGGAGCCAAAGCUGUCCUAUCCUUCCUCUAGUAAUGGCUUUCUGAGGCUCCCAAGUCUCUGGGUAUGUUGCUAAGAUCAGGCCAGUCCAGGGAAUCCCCUGCCUUAAGGAUUGGGUACAUUUGCUUCUUUGCCUGGCUCUUUACUGGGCCUGUGAAGGCAGAGGGAAAUUACAUGUCAUCAGGGCCAGAAAGGCCAGAUUAGGCCUUUAAAUUAGAUUAUAUUAGGCCAGAAAGCUGGCUACUCUACAUUUUCAGCCUCUGUCACCAGCUUGGGCUUCGGGGCAGAGCCCAAAGGAAAAGGGAGUUUGAGCUCCACAAAGCCAAAAAGAUCAGUGUGGCAGCUUUUAGCCAGUGCCCACAUUCAGCAGACUUCUUGAGAUCCAGAGUCAUUGGGCCAUCUUGGGGUGGGGCAUUGAACCAGAGAAAAGAAAGGAGGGAACAUGGAGGAUGUGUUGAGAGAUGGCCCCUUAGAAACUUUCUAGGAUUUUGCCUGGAGAUUUCUCUCCCUCAUUGAGGAAUCUGCAGAGUGAGGGAUCUCUAAAGGUACUAGAGCCCCCCCUUUCCCCUUCCCCACACUCAGUGCUCAGGCUGUCUGAGGCUGACACCAGUUAUGGGGAGGGAGGAAGAGGGAACACCACAGGUCUGCCUGGGCUUCUGCAUUAGAGGCCACAUCCCAGGCUGACCCCCAUCCUCAACACCACUGGGAGGGAGGGCCAUUAUUGGUAGGUUUUCUUGUUGUUGUUGUUGUUGUUGUUGCUAUUGUUGUGGGGGUAGGGGGUGGGGAUCAUGGGAGGGCAGAGGCCAGACUGGGAAGAGGGGAGCCCUCAGCUUUUGGGGUCACCUCCAGGGCUUGGAGCCUGUCCCCUAAGGAGGUGAUGGGCCCAAGCUUUCUCACAACUCCAGUUUUAAUAAAACCCAGUGAGCUGAGAGAAA